AUGCAAGAAGCGUACGGUCGCAUUCGCUCAUCAGUAACCACCACAUUUCAAACCGCACCAACCCUCCCCACACCAGCCCAACUCUCUACGGCCCGGUCCUCCCUCCCCAGCAGCACUGCCAUCACCUACCUAACCUCCCACGGCCCCCAAGCAACCCUAAACCACCUUCUAACCGAUAUUGCCCCCGGCCUCAAUGGCCAGAACCGGUCCAGCAGGUACUGGGGCUUCGUGACGGGCGGGACACUGCCCAUCGCCGAGGUGGCGGAUAACCUCGUCAGCGCUUACGACCAGAACGUGAGCGUGCACCUCCCCGGGCAAACCAUCGUGACCGAGGUCGAGGAUGCGGCGUUGAAGAUGCUGGUCGAGCUGUUGGGGUUGGGAAAUGCAGAGGAUUGGGAGGGGAGGACGUUGACUACGGGGGCGACGGCGAGUAAUGUGCUUGGGCUGGGGUGUGGGAGGGAGGGGGUUGUGGGUGCGAAGUUAGCAAGGUUGUCUUCUUCGUCUUCGGCAUCACCCGAACAUGAAGGUGUAGGCGAGCUCGGCCUCCUGAACGCCUGUCUCAAAGCCAGAAUCAUGGAUAUCCAAGUCUUGACCAGCAUGGGCCACAGCUCCCUCUCCAAAGCGGCCUCCAUCGUCGGUUUAGGUCGAGCUUCCGUCAAAGAACUCCCCCACAGCGCCGACCAGCCCUGGAGACUCGACCUAGACGCCGUUGAAAAAGAGCUCCAGCGCGAAGGUGUCGCGAGUAUCAUCGCCGUCAGCGCCGGCGAAGUCAACACCGGCCGUUUCGCCACGACCGGACUCGAGGACAUGCAGAGGCUGCGGUCCAUAGCCGAUCGCCACGGGGCUUGGAUCCACGUCGACGGCGCGUUCGGCAUCUUUGCGCGCCUUCUACCGCAGACUGAAGAGUUCGCACAACUCCACCAGUAUGCCGCCGGGCUCGAGCUCGCGGAUAGCAUUACGGUCGACGGACACAAGUUACUCAAUGUGCCGUAUGACCUGGGGAUAUUCUUCACCCGCAAAGCAUCGACCCUGACAAAUGUUUGCAAGAACCCCAACGCGGCGUACUUGCCCUCUGGUGGUGGGACAUCGGAUAUCCAAUCCCCCCUUGACGUCGGGAUUGAGAACUCGCGGCGGUUUAGGGCCCUACCCGUCUAUACUGUGCUGAUGAGUGAAGGGCGGGACGGGAUCACAGAGAUGUUGACACGCAUGGUGUGUUUGGCACGCAGGAUAGCGGCGGUUGUGAAGGAGUCGGAGGAUUAUAUCUUGCUGCCGGAUGAGGCCAGCCUAGAAGAUACGCAUAUCAUCGUGCUGUUCCGUGCCAAGGAUGAUGAGCUGAAUAAGGUACUGGUAGACACCAUCAAUACAAGCUGCAAGUGGUAUGUUGGUGGGACGAAAUGGAGGGGCCAGACGGCAGUUCGUCUUGCGGUUGCGAACUGGCGAGUUGAUGUCGAGGUUGAUUUGGCCAUGGUCAAAUCUUCUCUGGCCAUGAUAGCCCAAAACCACAGAAGGAACAGCCGAUAA